AUGAUUAAAAAUGUUUUUUAUUUGAAUUUUAUAUUUUCUUUUUUUCUAUUAAUAAUUAAAUGCGAUGACAGUGUAUCCAAUGAAAGGAAAGAAAUAUAUUUUGAUGAAGAUGAGAAUUUAAAAAUAUCUUCUUUUUAUGAUCCUUCUACAAAUAUAAAUUUGGAUAUAGGUGAGAAUGAUGAGUUGACAUAUGUCUCUGAGGAGGUAGAUGAAAAGAAUAAAAAUAAGAAAGAAUAUAAAAAUGGGGAUAGUAAAAAUAAAGAAAAGGACGAAAAAAAGAAAGGUAUAUAUAAUAAGGAUAAUGGAAAGAAUGAGAACAAUAUAUAUAAUAAUGACAAUACAAAAAAGAAUGAAGAUAUUAAUUAUAAUGUUGUUUUAAAAGAUGAUAAUAGAAGUGAGGGAGUUAUUAUGAUGGAAGAAAAAAGAAGGAAUAAUAAAGGAAGAGGAACAUAUAAAGAAGAAAAGAAGAAUAAAAUGAAUGGUUAUGAUGAUAGUCAUAGUAAUCAUCAUAGUAAUCAUCAUAAGAAUCAUCAUAGUAAUAUCCAUGAUAGUAGCUUUAUUGUUGAAUACAAUAAAAUGAUUGAUAAUUAUGAAAAUAUUUUAGAUGAGAUUAUAUUAAAAAGUCUGAAUAGAAAUAAUUAUAAUUAUUUUAAUAUGCUUGAUGAAUAUUCUCUUAAAAUCCGAAUGAAUAAAGAAAUGUAUGAUAUGUUAAAUUAUUUGAUUAAACUUAUGAAUAAUAAAAAUAGUAUGAAGAAUUUUUUAUCCUUUUCAAAUAAUGAAAAGAUGAAAAUAAUAAAACAUGAAAUGAAUGAGAAAAUAUAUAUAAGACAUUUUAUUGUAUCUUUAUUUAGAUGGUAUAAUAAUUUUAAAUUAAAUGAAACAUGUUUUGAUAAGAAUAAUUUUAUUUAUUAUAUUGAUGAAAAUAAAAUAUAUUCUUAUAAAUAUAAUUAUAAGCUUAUGUUGAAUUUAUUUAGUUCUGAGAAUUUUUUAUAUUAUAUAAAUUUAAGUAAGAUAUCUUUAUUAGAAAUUAUUGAUAACUACAAUAAAUAUAGUUUUAUAAUUAAUAAUAUAAAAAGACAUUAUCCUAAUAAUAUGUAUCUAUGCCAAUCAUUUUAUGAUUUCAUUUAUUCUUAUUUCUUAAGUUAUAAUCAUCAUUUUUUUGAUAAACAUAAAUAUCUAAUAAAUAUGGAUAUAUGGAAUAAUUCAAUAAAAAGAAAAAGCAAAAAUGGAAAUCAUAAUUUAUAUAAAAAAUUAAAAAAACUAAAUGAAAAUUUAAUAUUAUAUAAUUAUAUAAAAAAUGAUGAUUCAGAAAUUAAACAUUAUGUUAAAUUAGAAAUGCAUAUGAUAUUUUUGAAUUUUACAAAUUUAUUAAUAGAUUUAUUGAAUAAAAUAUAUAAUAUAGAUUAUCAUGCUAAUAUAAAACAUGAAACUGUUAAUCUCCACAGAGGAAUUCCAAAUAAUUCUGCAAAAAUAAAUAACAAUAUUGUUCACACAUCUUUGGGAGAUGCUACGGAUUUAAAAUCAAAGGAUUCUAACUUAUUAUUCUUAAAUGAAAAUAAUAAGGAAGCAAAAAUUUCAGAUGAUAAUAAUAAUAAUAAGUCCAUGGAACAUUAUGAAACUAAUAAAAGAGAUGAUAUGAUAUAUAAUAAUGUAUAUAAUGGUGACCUUAAAAAGAGUGAGGAUUUAUUAAAAAACCCUAUUGAUGGUAUAGAUGAAUCAUCUGUUAAUACAAAUAAUAAUAAUAAAAAUGAUACAAAAGAAUCUGAGAGUGAUGUAUGGAAUUUACUAAUGGAUUCAUAUAAGAAAUUAGAGAAUGAUGAAAAUUUUAAAAAAUAUAAUAAAUAUAUAUUAAAAAAUUUAGAUAAGUUUCUGAAUAUGUCUUCUGAAAAGAUAGAAGAUAUGAAUAGUUAUAAAAAUAAAUAUGAAUUAAAAGAAGGCAUAAUAUAUAAUAAGGUUGAUGAUAAAUAUAUUCCUUUAAUAUUUAAUCCUACGAAAGAUGUGUUUACAUCUAUUAAUCAAAUUAAUAUUAAAGGUAAGAUCAACUUUUUUAAUAUAUAUGAAUAUUUAAUAACUAUUACAAAAUAUAAAGAAAAUAAAAAUUUCUAUGAUGAUUUUUUAAAGUGUAGAAGAGAAACGUUUUUUACAGAUCAACAUUUGAUAAAGAAUUAUGUUAUGAAUAAACAGGAAGAGUUAAAAAAUAAUAUUAGAAAUUUGAUUCGUAUGAAUGAAGUAUCAAAUGAAGCAAAUAAGAAGAAUCAUAUUGAUAUGAUAUAUAAAAAAUAUGGAUCAUACGAAUAUGAUAAUAAUAUAUCAAAUGGUUACAAUAAUAAUAUGUCAAAUGGAUAUUAUCAUAAUAUAUACAAUAUAUAUGAUAAGAAGACAUCUAAUUUUAUGUAUAAUGAUAAUGUAAAAAAUUAUCAUGACACGAAUGGAAGAAUGAAAAUCUAUGAUUAUUAUAAUAAUAUAAAUUUAAAUAUCUUUACUCCAGCUGCUAUAAAUAUGAAAGAUAAAAUAUAUGAUCAAUUAAAAUUAUUAAGAAAUAAUUUUGUUGAGAAAUUAAAAAAUGAAUCUAUUUGUGUUUUAUCAUUUUUAUAUUUAAUAGGUAUAAAUGAUGAUAAUGGAAGAUUACAUUUUCCAUAUGGAUUUCCAAGAAAUAUUGAUUAUUCAGUUAAGCUUAUAAGAGAAGGAAAAGAUGGAUUAUGUAAUUUUUUGAGUGGUGUUUUAUAUCAUAUAAAUUUGCCUAUAUUUGUAAAUAAUUCUUCUAUAUCUAUAAGUACAGAGAUGAAUGAUGAUAUUUUUGAAAUAAAUGAUAAUUCUAUAAAUAGUUUUUUUUAUAUAUAUUAUAAAAAUAAUGAAAAUAUAAGAAAUCAUGACUUUUUAUCUGAUGAAAAUAGAAUAAUACCAAGGAAAGAUGAUAAUAUAAAAUCUAAAAUUAUAUCAUAUUCUUUAGGUUCAACAAAAGAUGAUUUUUUUAGUAAGUUAGCUUUUACAAAUAAUGUUAUUAGAUUAAAAUAUAAGAAUAAAACAAAUAACACAUAUUUAAAAGACUAUUUUGAUUUUACUUUUGAUAAAAUAAAUUAUAAAAAUUCUGUAAUAAAAAAUAAUGUAUCUCCUUUUUUAACUACAUGUGAUUAUUUAUUGAGUAAUAUAUUAGGAGCUGUGGUUGAUUCUUUGAGAAAUUCCUCUACUCUUGAAAGUGGUGUAUAUGAGGAAAAUAUUAAUGAUAAGAAUAAAAAUAUAAUUCAAAAUAGUGUAGUACAAAAUAAAAAUUUAUUUGAAUAUUUUGUAAAGCUAGCUGAUAAUCGAAAUUCUUAUGCUUUAGCAGCAUUAGGUGAAAUAUAUUAUUUAGGAAAUGAAAGUAUAGGCAUUGAAAGAGAUGAAAUGAAAGCAUUUGAAUUCUGGAAGAAGGCCGCAGAUCAAGGUGAUACAACAUCAGCAUUGUCUACAGGUUAUGCAUAUUUAGAUGAGUAUAAAAAGUUUUUAAAAAAAGAAGAACUUCUUAAAAAUAUGGAUAGAGAGGAUAUAUUAACAAUGAUACAUAUGGAAAAUUCAAACAAGGACAAAAAAAAUGUAACUCUAGAAAUGUUACAAGAAUCUAGUGAGAAAAAGAAGAACAAGAAGAAAAAGGAAAAGACACACGAUGGAGUUGGAAAUACUCAUGGUGAUAUAAAUGCAGAAAGAUAUGAUAAUAUUGAUGAAUCGAAAGGAAGCAAUGGAUCUUUUGAUGGGUUUUCUAUGCCAUCAUCUGGUGGAUUAAACAACCUUAAUGGUAGAAAUAAUACAAAUAUAUCAAAUAUGUCAAAUAUAUCAAAUAUGUCAAAUAUAUCAAAUAUAUCAAAUAUGUCAAAUAUAUCAAAUAUAUCAGAUAAUGUUAAUAUAUCAAAUAAUGCUAAUAUAUCAAAUAAUACAAAUAUACCAAAUAAUAUUAACACUCAAGCAAAUAUUAAUUCACAAAACAAUAUUAAUAAUGUAAACUUUUUUGAAGACAAUGCAUACAAUCAACAACCUUCUUAUGGAGAAUGGACGAGUCCUAGCGACGACCUUUUUAAUAAUUCCUUUUCUUCGUCUCUUCAUAAUUCCUUUCUCUUUGAUAUACCUGAAGGAUCUGAGUAUGAAGAUGCGACAGAGAAUAUAUUGGAUGAUCACAUGAAUUUUUUUAAUAUGAACAAUAAAAAACAUGAAGAACAAGGAGGACAUAAUAAUAACAGUAGUGGUGUGUGGAAUGAGGAGAAUGAGGAAAUAAUAAAAAAGUAUAUGAAAGAUUUAAAUGAGGAUAUGAAUAAAUCUUUAAAGAAUGCAGAAGAAUAUUUUCAUAAAGCAAUAAGAAAUAAUGAUGAUAAUUUAGAAAAUAUAUUAGCAAAAUAUAAUAUAUAUAAAUAUGGAUUAGGUACAGAAAAGAAUAUAGAAUUAGCUGGAUUAUAUUUAAAAAAAGCAGCUGACAAAGGUGAUAAUAUAUCUCAAAUGUUAUUAGGACAUUAUUAUUCAGGUUCAGAUAUAGGUAUCAAAUUGAAUGAUUAUAAGGAUGAUGAUAAAGUAGAGAAUUUAAGAAAAUCUUAUAAAUAUUAUAAAAUGUCUGCACAAAAUGGAAAUAUUAUAUCUUUAUAUAAUAAGAGUAUAUUAAUAUUAAAAGGUGUUAAUCCUAAAUAUAAAACAUUUAAUGAAAAAUGUGAGAAAACUUUAAAACAUUUUCAUUUCAUAGGAUUAUUUAAUGAAAGAUUAUAUGUGCUAACUAAAUUAUUAAGAAGAAAUUAUCAAUUUAAAGAUUAUACAGGUUCUUUAUUGUUAUCUAUUAUGUUGUCAGAAUUAGGUGAUCAUGCAAAUAAUGUAAAUGCUUCUAUGCUAUGGACAUUGAAAAGAAAAACUAUGCAAGAAUUUACAGAAAAGUAUAAUAUUGUUGAGAGUAUAAAAACAUCAUUGAUAAAGGAAUUAAACAAAAAAGAGGAGCAAGAAAAAAAAUAUAUAAACAUAAAAAAUAAUAAUAAUAAUAAUAUUAAUAAUAAUAAUAAUAAUAAUAAUAAUAGUAAUAAUAAUAAUAAUAAUAUUGAAGGACCCAUUUCUUAUUCUCAUCAAAAAAAUACAAAUGAACACAUUAAAAGAAUAUAUAAGAAAAAUAAAAAUGCUAGGUAUUCCUUUUCCAAGGUACAUAAUAUGUAUUCUAUGUCUUUACUGACAAACUGUAGCAUGCUUUCAGAAUUUAUGGAGAAGCGUCCUUUAUUUUUGAGAAUAAUAUAUUGUUAUAAUUUUAAGAAAGAGUUAUAUAUGUAUUAUAAUAGAUCGUCUUGGUUUACUUAUAAAAUGAUGAAGAUGCAAGGUGAAGAGGAUUUAUUGGAUACAUCUGAAGGAUGGAAUAGUGUGAAUACAAAAGAUUUUAAUGAGAAUAAACAAAGUUAUAAUAGGAAUAGAAAGGAUUAUAUGGAUACUAAUUCUGUAUUAAAUAAACAUGAUAAUAAUUAUAAUUAUUCUUAUUAUAAGGAAAAGGAUGAAAGAAAGAAUAGUAACAAAAAUGAAAAUUUUAAUACAUCAAAGAAUAAAAAAGAAGAAAAAAAAGAUAAUAAAAUAACAUAUCAUGAUACAUAUGCCUUAUGUAAAAAAUAUAGUCAAAUUGAAUUAUAUGAAAAAUAUGAUAAGAUAAUUUUAAAUACAUUAAAAAAAGACGAUCAAGUAGAAGAAAAAAUAAACAAGUUAGAACAUAUGAAAAGUGUUAUAUUAGAACACUUAAGGAUUAGUGAGUUCUUACAUUGUUAUUAUAAACCUAUAUCAUAUUAUCAAAUAAAAUUAGAAGAAGAAAAGGAAAAAAGAGCAAAAAUAGAAGAACAUAUAUAUGAUGAAGAAAGAUAUUAUAAGAGUGAUAAAUCUCAUUAUAAUAAUUUUUAUUCAAAUAAAUGGAAAACUAUGAAAGAUUAUAAUAUAAAAGAUUUAUAUGAAUCUGAAUUUUAUAGAUACUCUGUUUUUUUAGAAAAUGUAGAUAUGAAAGAAAUAUUUAAUUAUAAAAAGAAAUAUUCUUCAAAUAUAUUUGAUGAAAUUCAAAGCUUUUCUAAAAAUUGUGAAGUUUGUAAGCAAUAUUAUGAUAUAUAUUCAGCAUAUUAUGGACAUAAAAAAUCAGGAAUUAAUUUGGUUAAGAAAUAUAGAGAAGGUGAUGAAUUUACAAUAAAAAGUAAAAGAAAAGAAUUACAAUUCUUGAUAAGGAAUUCAGAUGAAGAUAAUCAUCAAUCACUAUAUUAUAAGGCUCUUUUUUUAGAACAUAAUAAUUUAGAUAAUUUAAAAAAUAUUUUACAAAUAUAUUUCAAACUAGCUACAGAUGAUCAUAAUACAUGUAAUGUUAUUGGUUUUUUAGGUAUUAUGAAAAUAUUUUUUAAAAAGUUAUUUUUCGAUUUUAAUAUAUUUAAUAAAAAUAAUAAAAAGAGUAUAUUAGCUUUUCCUUUAAAACAAAAAACAUUUUAUGAUGAUAAUUUAUGUUCUUUACAAAAAAAUAUUUUAUUGAAGUCUGAAUUUGAUAACAAAUGUUUUAACUUUGAUUAUUUAUUGAAAAAUAAUUAUAUUUAUUCUCAAAUUAGGUAUUCUGACUUUUUUAAGGUUUUAUAUAAUUUGAUACUCUCUUUUUUUAAAAUUAUAUGA